AUGAAUUUCGGUGGUAAUCCUUCCCCACCCAAAUGGUCAACUCCAUUCUGUAGUUGUGAAGACUCAACAACAUGUUUCAUAACUUGCUGUCUGCCAUGCAUCACCUUUGGCCAAAUUGCAGAGAUUGUGGAUGAAGGGCGUAGUUCUUGCUUUGGUCAAGGCUGUGCCUAUGGGUUACUUAUGUGCGUUAGCUGUCACUGCCUCUACUCUUGUCUUUACAGAGAGAAACUCAGAGCAAAGUUUGGGUUACCAGCUGAACCUUGUUCUGAUUGCUGUGUUCAUUUCUGCUGCGAAUCAUGUGCCUUAUGCCAAGAACAUGCUGAGCUUAAAGCAAGAGGCCUUGACCCUUCCAAAGGUUGGAUUGGGCCACCAAAUGCACCUCCACAAAUGCCACCCUCCAUGCUUAGAUGA